GAGACGCUCAGUUUAUUGUAUAUAUUCGGAAGUAGCAAGUUUAUACACGAUUAGCUGCACCAUACACGAGGUACACACAUAGUCUGACGAACCUAUUAUUUAAUAUACGCUACUAACUACUACGUGGAUUCUCAGAAGGGAUUCUUGUGGUUGAAAUAUUUAUCUAAAUGGUAUUAUUUAGUUUAUUUUUGUGAAUCAAGUUUUGGUAGAAAAUCUGAAGAUGUUAAUUUUGUGUUAUUGUAUGAGUUUAAUGUUGGCUAUCGCUUCUACGGACGAUGGCAAAAAAUGGAACGAUCAAGCCCAGAAAGAAUUGACAGAUGCCUUAAAUCUAAAACCGAAUAUUAUGAUAGCCAAGAACGUCAUCCUGUUCCUAGGAGAUGGUAUGGGUGUAUCCACAGUUUCGGCAGCCAGACUAUAUAAAGCUCAGAAAUAUAAUAUCACAGAAGGGAUGUCUACUCUGGCUUUCGAACAUUUUCCUCAUGUUGCUCUAUCUAAGACAUAUAACUUGGACGCACAAACACCCGAUUCCGCCGGUACCGGAACAGCUUUUUUAUGUGGCGUGAAAGCUAAUGCAGGAACUCUAGGGGUUAACGGUAACGUGGCUAGAAAGAACUGUACAUUAGAAAAAGGAAAUGAAGUUAUGUCUAUUUUACAUUGGUCCAAGGCCGAAGGUAAAUCUGUUGGAGUAGUGACGACGUCGAGAAUCACCCACGCAACACCAGCUGCAGCCUACGCUCAUAGUGCUGAAAGAGACUGGGAAAACGAUGCUAAUCUAAAUGACGUAGAAGGUAACUGUACCGAUAUUGCUAAACAACUGAUAAUGGACAACCCGGAUAUUGAGGUGAUUUUGGGAGGUGGUAGAAGGAAUUUCUUUACAAUACCUGUUGGUCAGCGUAAUGAUAGUCUUAAUCUUACACAGAUCUGGGAAACAGAUAAAAGUACUAAGGGUAAAGGAAGUUACGUCACGACUAAAAGCGAACUUGAUGCCGUCGAUGUAACUAAAACGGAUUUUUUACUGGGUUUAUUUGCUGAAUCACAUAUGGAAUAUGAUCUAGAUCGUGAAUUGAACAAUUCGCUCGAUCAACCCUCGCUUCCUGAAAUGACCAAAAUCGCCAUCGAUAUACUGAAGAAAAACGACAAUGGUUUCUUUUUAUUGGUUGAAGGUGCUCGCAUCGAUCAUGGUCAUCAUGCUAGCAAAGCUAGGAAAGCCUUACAUGAUACAAUAGCGUUUGACGAUGCUGUAAACGUUGCCAUGAAAGAACUGGGUCCAGAAGAAACACUGCUAGUUGUCACGGCCGAUCACUCUCAUGUAUUUAGUAUGGCUGGUUAUCCAGAGACCGGAAACGAUAUAUUAGGUUUGGUGCACCCUGUAGCUGAUGGUGAACCUAAAGAUAAUGUCCCUUAUACUUCAUUGAUCUAUGGUAACGGUCCUGGUGGUGCCUUGGUUAACGGAACAGAUGGCCAUCCUGGUCGACAGAAUUUAACUGGUGUUGAUACAACCGACCCAGAAUAUGUGUUUCAGGCAGCUGUACAUAUGAGUUCUGAAACUCAUUCAGCAGAAGAUGUCGGGAUAUUCGCUAUUGGUCCUAUGUCACAUCUAUUCCAUGGUGUCCACGAUCAGAAUUAUAUAGCCCACGUCAUGGCCUACGCUUCCUGUGUUGGACCGAAUAAGAAACAUUGUGACAAAUCUAAAGAGGAUCCUGUAGGCAGCGGCGUCAGUCAUACACUUGCUCAAUCUUUAAUCAUAAUUUUCAUAUUACAUCACGUAAAUAAAUAUUUGUAAUAGUUAUACACGCCCUCUAUUACAUCAUGUGCAAAAUGUCCAUUUUUGUAAUAAUUAUAAACGCCCCUUAUUACAUUACCUCAGUAAUAUCUUGACUUUAUUUACGGUUGCUGAUCGCCAUUUGCAUUUUUCGGACAAUAUUCAAUAUUCCACGACUUGAUCCAAAUUAAAAUGAUCUCUGAUUGGCAAUUUAACAUUUAUCUCAUAAGAAAAUCAACGAGGGAUAAUUUGAUGGAUUUUAUUCAAUCUCUUUUCAAAAGUCUUAUCAAUAGAUAUUAACCAAUACAUAUAGGUGGCGCUGUAUAGUAUAUGUCGGUCACAUAAUAUUUGUAAAAACAUGUAUGGAAAUGAACUUUUUUUGAACUGAUUUUAAAAACAAAACCAACAAUCAGGAUAUCUGAAUUGGAUAGUCGAACAUGCUGAGGUCUAUUUUCCAUGUACGCGUUUUCAUUAGCAAACAAGUUCGUCUAAUGCAACUGUAAUGAGACCGUUUCGAUGUAACAGGCGAAAACGGCUGUGGAAACGCGUACAUGGAACACGAAGGAAGUAUAUAUUAGAUCAUUUAUCAAUGACACCCAAGAUUUUGUGUAUAACCAUUUGUGUUUGAAAUCCAUAUCAAAUAAUAUGAAUAAUUCAUUGUAUAAAAUUUAACUGUUAACCUAUUGUUUUUAUACUUGGAAUACUUUAUUUAUAUAUUUCUAUAUGUUGCCAUGGAUAUAUAUCUGUGUAUUCGUUUGUUGCCAUGGAUAUAUAUGUGUAAUGUGUAUCAUUUUGUUGCCAUGGAUAUAUAUAUAUACUCUUUUGUUGGAAUGGAUAGAAAUAUUUGUACUAUUUUUUUACCAGGGAGACAUAUCUUUGUUUUCUUUUGUUGUCAUAGAAAUAAAUGUUUCUAUUUUGUUUAACCGUGAGAAUUGGGUGACGAAAGAUUGUUAUGUUUUAUGUAAUAUAACAACAUUUUAUUCAAUUAUAAAUAUAUUUUCUAAUAUGCACUAUUACUUCUUUAUAUGUAUGAAUUUUAUAAACACGAGACAAUUUUUAUCGAAUAUUUUAUAAUGGCAUGAUCGAGUGGCGGGGAGGGGGGGGGGGAAUAACUCGUACAACGGUUAUGGAUUAAGACUAGAAAUUCUCCAAUCAUUGAUUUCAGCGCUGAAUCCAUGGCAGUUCUUCGGUGAACUUAAUCUGUAGAACCACAACGGUCCCAGCGUUAACAAAGAUUAAAUUUAAAAUGGAUUUAGACUUAAUUUCGAUUCAACGAAACACACUCUUAAAUAUAUAAUUUAAAAUCUCGCGCCUUAAGUUUCCGUCAUUUUUAUUAGACAAGAAACGCCAACCUACGUGAAUAAACCAUUUGACUAUAUCACAACUAGA